AUGACUGAUGUUGCAGAUUCUCGCAGUGCGAGUUUAGUAGAUAGUGCUUCCGAUUCCGAAUCGAUCACCGACUGCCAACAAGAAAAAUCUGACGAAAUAAACGUCGCGUCCGAUAUUAGUUCAAAUAUGGGUGAUAUCGUCGGAAAUGGAAUUACUAUAAAGAUAACCGCUGAUGAUGCAGCUAUUGUCAGUGCGGAUGCUACUGAUGAUCGACAGAACAACGAUGGAGCCGUUUCGAUCGAUUCUCAAGACGACUAUGAAGCUCGCGCUUUUAAAUCUCAAUUUGACGAAAUUUCGAAUAUUUCAAGAAUGUUGGAAAAUGCAAAGACGAAUAACAGCAAUCGGUAUCAUGGAUCUCCUGGGCGAGUGCAUCCUGGCUUUUCUUCACCGAAUUAUUUGCUACCACAGAGAAGAGUGAAUGUUCGCUCGCAUCAUCGAUCCUUUUCUCACCCAAAUUUGCCAACAACUCGUAAUACGCCACAAAACAAGCGCAGUCAUGGUUCUUUCUAUCCUGGUCAUCACAGAUUGGCUUCUUUACCUUACACAGGAGUUCCUUAUCCUGGAUUUGGUCAAGAUGAGGAUUUACCCUUAAAUUUUGAUGAUCCUUUGAGCGAUGAUUCUUCCUAUGCAAGAUUUGGUUUUAAGAGCGAUUCGGAUUGGGAUAUCUCAUCUCCAAUGUCUUCAACUCCUGGCUAUCCUUCGUCUCCAAGUUCUAUCGAUCCGUUUACUUCUUUACCAUUAUCCCCCAAUAGCAUUAUGCAUUCUUUCCUAGAUGACGAUGAAUUGGCAGAAAAACAAUUGAUGUUAGAAGAGGAACGCAUGAUCCUUCAAAUGAGACGUCAAGAACUGGAUAAUGCUAUCUAUAAAUUGCAUUAUCAAAAUUUUGAUUCAAGUUUAAAUCAUUCUUUGUCUUCUUUGAUAGAAACAAGAUAUAAACUUUCUCAAACUCCCCCCCAAACAAAAGGUUCUUCAUCCACAACUCCUUCUUUAUCAAGACAAACUAGUUUUUCAAAAAAUUUAUCCCCUCCACCUCCAAGAUUUCAACCCAUCGGCCCUCCGCUUAAAAAGUCUAACGCUUGUGAUCAUUCGGUUUCUUCUACAAUGUCAAGCUCGGCACCUUCUCAUUCUACCUUUUCUUUAUUUUCUAAAUCCCCUGGACUUUCGCUUAAUCAUCCUUUCUUACCUACUGUUAAUGAACAAAGACUAUCUUCUAAUAUAAAUGAAGUUCUUGAUGAUGAUAAAUUAAAUGAGUUCCCUAUGUUCGGUUAUCCAUUAACACCUUCUAGUACUCCUCCUAAAAAUGAUGACCGAGACUUUCUUCCUUCGCUUCAUCUUUCUGCUAAUCAUUUCAACCCCAAAAUUUGGUCUAAUAAUAAUGAUGCCGAUUUUACUGUCGUUUCUCCUCGUUCGAAAUCUCUUCGAUCUUUGCCAAAACGUGAUUAUUAUAGCGCUCCAACAACACCAAAUUAUUAUACUCCGCCUACUCCUCAAUUUAAUCGAAGUCCUCAACAUACUUUAAGUCCACUGUCUACUGGUCAAUUCGCUAGAGCUAGUCCACUGUACUCUUCUCCAGUAGAUGAACGUGAUGAGUUAUGGCAUGGUGAUGAAGCCUUUAACCCUAUUUUAACUCCUCCGGAAAUUUCUCCUAUGAAUAAAGUUUCUCCUUCAAUUAAUAACGAGAAUAAUUUGUUCAAUAAAAAUAAUUCAUGCCACCAUUUCCAUAACGUUGUUCAUCCUAAAUUAUUUUCUCAAACUCACAAAACUGGCGGUGAUUUUUUUUCUUUGGUUAGCAAUCAAAAUACUUCUGAUUCACAUUAUAAUGGUUUAACUCAUGAUAAAGGGAUGAGAGUAAAUGGACUUUAUAAACUUGAAGUCAUGUAA